GCGGGUGAGCGUCAUGGCGACUUCUUUUCCGCUCCCAGUGACCCAGGACCUGUCCACGUUGCGUGCGAAGCUGCAGGGGCUGCUGCAGUUCCUGAGACAAGCCCUGUCCAUUUCCAAUGCACAUACUGUAGACUUCUACACUGAGUCCGUGUGGAAGCAACUGGUCGACUUGCCCCCGGAGACCGUGCUGGGGGUGUUGAGGAGGUCAGCGGCGGAGACAGAAGCGGAAGCUCGGCCCCCCGAAGCGCGCCCCCUGGCGGAAGCCGAGAUGGGAUCAGGUAUUACCAAUUUUCCCCAAAUAUUUUGUGAAACUUCCCAGAAGCUGGUGAGUGUGGAAGCCUUUGCUUUGGCUGUGAGAUACUAUUCUGUACAAAACUUGGGAAUAUGUACUCCCUUUGAACAGUUGCUUGCAGCCCUUCAAGGAAAUCAAAAACAGAGAACUGAUGAAAAUGUGAAACCAGAUGAGUUUAUGAAUUUGAAAAAGUCUCAUGAAGUUCAGGUGAUGUCAGAGCUGAUCAGCAGUAUUUCUGAUUACUGUGGAAUAAAGCAGGUAAUUGACCUGGGUUCUGGAAAAGGCUAUCUAAGCUCUUUUUUGUCCUUGAAGUAUGGCUUAAAAGUGUAUGGAAUUGAUUCCUCAAAUAACAAUACUCAUGGAGCUGAGGAGAGAAACAGGAAAUUGAAGAAACAUUGGAAAGUCUAUCACAGUCGGUCAAAAUUAGAUGCCAAUGGACUGGCAUUAAAAAUGGCAAAAGAAAGAAAAAUUCAAGAUGAAAUUAAAUACAAAGUAGAUAUUGAGGGAAUAUGUAACAAUAGUCCUGCAAAUCAAGGAAAAAUAUCUACCUCGGAUUUUUUGCCAGAUUUUUCAGAUUCUGUAAUUUCUAACAUUAGAAAACAAGUGGAAAACCUACAUGUGUAUUCACAUCAAGAAGAAAAUUUGUGUUUUGAAAAUACCUUUUCUCUGAUAGACCUUUUACCUAUUAAUGCCGUAGAACCUACGUCAUUGCAAACAUCUGAAAGAAAAAUGUCUGAAGCAAAUAAAGAGAGAAGAAAAAUGAUAUCAAAGUCAAAUGAAUCAAAUAUAUACUCACCUUUAACAUCUUUUAUCACUGCUGAUUCAGAACUACAUGAUAUUAUUAAAGAUCUGGAGGAUUGUUUGAUGGUAGGUCUUCACACUUGCGGUGAUCUUGCUCCAAAUACCCUGCGAAUAUUUACUUCCAAGUCUGAAAUCAAGGGAGUUUGCAGUGUGGGUUGUUGCUACCACCUCUUAUCUGAAGAAUUUGAAAACCUGCACAAAGAAAGUACCCAAGACAAAUGGGGAUUUCCAAUGUGCCAUUAUUUAAAGGAAGAGAGAUGGUGCUGUGGUCGUAAUGCCAGAAUGUCAGCAUGUUUGGCAUUGGAACGGGUUGCAGUUGGCCAAGGGCUGUCUACUGAAUCCCUCUUCUAUCGAGCCGUCCUUCAGGAUAUUAUUAAAGAAUGUUAUGGCAUCACCAAAUGUGAUCGGCAUGUUGGUAAAAUUUAUUCCAAAUCCUCUUCCUUUCUGGACUAUGUCAGGAAGUCUCUAAAGAAGCUUGGAUUAGAUGAGUCCAAGCUGCCAGAAAAAGUUAUAAUGGACUACUACGAGAAGUAUAAGCCUCGAAUGAGUGAGCUGGAAGCUUUUAAUAUGCUGAAAGUUGUUCUGGCUCCUUGUAUAGAGGCACUGAUUCUUCUGGAUCGCCUUUGCUAUCUGAAAGAGCAGGAAGAUAUUGCCUGGUCUGCACUUGUGAAGUUGUUUGAUCCUGUGAAAUCUCCCAGAUGUUAUGCUAUUAUUGCUCUGAAGAAGCAGCAAUGAUUUCAGUUGAAACAAGGUAUUAGAUGUAUCUGUUUGUGGAAACUAUCACUAAUUUUGCUCUUCUAAACAUUUAUGAUGUUAUGUAAAUAUUUGAAAAACAUUGCUCUAUAUUUUAAAUAAACAAUGCAAUGAUAGCUAACCACAGAAUAUCAUAAUCCAUUUUUCCAUUGUCAAAGCAUACAUUAAUAAAAUAAGAACUCAUGAAAAUAUUAAAAAAAGUAUUGACCCACAUUCCUGAGUUCAUAUGUCAAUAGGACAUUGUAAUCUGACCUGUUUCCUUUUAAGUAUUUGAGACCCUUAAUAUUUGCUACAUACCACAUUUUGACUUUUAUUGAUUUAAAAACUUUUACUGACAGAGGAAAGAUAUAGGUGUAUAUAUAAUAAAAUUAGUACAGAAAAUCAUUUGCAUUUUCCUCCAGAUUUUGGAAGGAUUUUCCAUGUAAUCUGGAUGGAAAAAUCCUAAAAAGAACAAAACACCCAGGAGCCAGGCAGAUACAAAAAGUGCUGAAUAUGUGUUUUCAUCUAAGUUACAUGAGAAAAUAUUCUGUGCCCUUAAAGGAAUAUGCAUCUUGUGAGAUUCACUUUAAGGAAUCUUGAAGCUAUCUAUCUUAUAAAGAGAUGAAAUUACCUUGUGCUCUGUAGAAAGCCAAUCUGUGAAAAGCAAGACUGAAUGAAAGAAGGCCAGGGCUAUGCCCAGUGUGGUACGGGUUCUUUUCAUGUGCAGAAAUCUUGAGGAUGGGCAUGGAGGAGGGCACUUGUGGGGAUGAGCA